UGGCUAUCCAACUUGACAGAGAAAUACAAAAAUAAAACUCCAAAAUAGAUGAUAGGUUGACUGUAUUUUCCUCGUUUGCUUAAAAUUUUUAUUUUUUUCGUAGCUCACAUCAAACCCUAAACCACACUUCACUUGUCGUUAAGUAUCUCCUAUAUCUAUAAGCCGAUUUUCACCAAGUUCACAGCAAAUGUGUCUCCAACAUAAACAAACGUCAGCCAGUAAAGUGGCAGUUUCCCAGAUAAAAUCCCUCUUAUAAAAAGAGAAAGAACAAAAAAAAUCGAUAGAAGGAUGGCAAACAAAUCUAACCUCCCCUCCCCCUUCCGUUAUCCUUUGUAUGGGCAAAUUUUAGCACUAAAAUCUCAGUAAUAGUAUUCUAUAACUUUAAAUACACAAUUCAGCCUCUAGGGUUGCUAUAUAUGCAUCAAUUAACCAUCCAUUGUAUCCACUCUUCUGUUCUUUGCCAUACGUAUUAUUAUUUUUAUUUUUUCAGUUGAGAAAGAAAGAGAAUCCUGUUAACCUGUGCCAAGCUACGGGUGAUCCACACUACUGGACAUUCGAUAGAAGGUUUGCUUUUAGUAUAACAACUACGUAUUUGUAGUAAACUCUGCUCCAGGUUGCAGUAAAGAUGAAACCGUGCGGGUCGGUUUUUCUUGGCCACUGAAACGGAAUUUUUCGUAAAUAAAUAUCAUAUGUGCAGGAUAAAUCCAAGAAUUGGUGGACGUUUCGGAUGGGGUGAAUUGAAAAGUGCAUGCAUACUAAUUAAGAGCGCUGUAAGUGAUAAGAGAGGGGUUGGGUGGAAUGUUAUGGGGUAGAGCGCACUCUAGGAUUUUGCAUUAGGUUCUCAAUUUAAUGCCAGCUUUCUAAAUGGAUCUUCAGCUAAGUAAAUGAAUAUUUGAUUAAAUCGUCUCAUCUCAAUCGCAGGUACUUUGACUUCUACACAGGAACUGGAGACUUUGUUUUAUAUCGCAACUUGGAUCGAUAUUUUGAAGUAAGAUUUUAUGAAACUCGCUCGAUUAUUAAAAAGACCUGCAAAAGAGUAAAUUACCAAGGCCGAACGAGGGAAUUAUUUGAAUAUUUAAAAAUGUGCCUGUUUCUCAUUGUUCACUCAACCUUCGGAUCGAAUUUUACGGAAUUCCGCCAAUUCUACAUUCCUCGUUAAUUUAUUUGAAGAAGGGCUAUUUUGUCAAAAUCUUCUUGUGAGUUUUUGAUAGAGUUUGGUCUUCUAAACAUCUCAUGCCUUGUCAGAGAAUUAUGUCAACACGAUUCUCACGCUGAGAGCCGUCAGCCGAUAAAAUGAUAGAACCCUCAUAUUCAUUACAGGCAACAGGCAAAAUGGCACUUCGCAGGAAAGUGGUAGCUUUCCAGUAACGUUUUUCCCAGUUAGUUUCCACGAGUAUGUUUUUCCUUCUUUCAAAGAAUACAGCACUAAAAAACGAAGGUAAAGAAAGUCGAGUUGAAAUAGGAUAUCCGGGUUAGCCCCUCCCUUCGGUUCGCGUUCUUCGAACUGUUUUCGAGUAUUUUAGGCAACUAUAAUGAAUUUCAAGCACGCAUGUCAAGGGGACGAGGCUGACAGUUUACCAAAAACAUAUGAGUGGCCGAAAUGACUGUCUGAGAUGUCGUUAGCGAACAAGUACUGUCGGAUAAUGAUUUUGAAUGUAAAGCUCUUUUCUGAGACAUGUAAACAGUCUUUCUCUACCCAUAUUAGGUACAAACUCGCCUGUGGAAUUGUUGGGACAGAGCAUGCGACUGUGGUGUGGCCAUAAGGGAACACAAUGAUGUUAUUGUCCUGGACACUUGUACCACGGAUUUGCAUCUGCGAUAUGGAAUGCCAAUGAAAAUACGAAUUCCUAGCAAACGCCGGUUACGAAAGGGAACAGAAAUACUUGUGCGGCAUCCAGGUGGUUAUAGCGAGUACGAGGUGAGACACAAAGACUCCUAUAAGUCCUUGGACGUCCAGUCGAAAUGGAUAUCCUCCCCUCUCCCACCUCUCAGUUUUUUUUUGUUAAUUUUAGUCUUUCCAACGAUUAAAUUACAAAAUAAAAAGAUAAUUUCAAUAAAAUAAUCUAAGACGGCCAUCAUGUAAGAUUUUUGAACUCUGAAAUGUUAAUAGAAGAUGUAGAACUUUGACGUUAGUCAUCGCCAUUGUGAUAAAUUUUUGAAAAUUCCUCACAUUGUUUGCGAGCUACCUCGGUAACAAUCCUGAAGUCGGUGCCGGCCAUAAAAGCAAAUAUAUCAACAGCCGUGGAGAGCUACCACAAACUUUCUUCCCUCAAGCAGCAAUUGAAUCCCCAUCGAUAGUGAGAGAAUCUCGAUAGGAUCAACCGUUGACCAUAAAAUUGCCAAAAAUUUAGCUGUUAGGCUUCGUUCUCGGGAACUGUUCACAGCUCUGAACCGUAGAAAACUGAAAUAUCUUCCCGUCCUGUAAAAUGCAGAUUUUAUGCGAAUUCCGUUUGCUGUCCGUGAUUUUAGCUUUCAAUAGCAAGUUUAACCGUUUGAAUAAUUUACUAUAAACUUUAAAGGUAACUUCAUGAUAGCUAUAAUUUAAGCUGAGGCAACAGAGACAAAUCUGUAUGGAUAAAGGAAAAUAGUGUACUGCUUCUAAACAAAUAGGUGGACGAAGUUUGAAACAGUGCACACGGCUCAAUGUUAUUGUCCUUUGAUUUUAUCGCUUUUGUCGUGGUGCAGUGGUAACGUUAUUAAAGAAUUAAAAGAUAAAUCCUCGUAUUGAAAAUAAAUUUCACAAGUUAAAAUUCUACAACUGACCUUUAUUUCGCUGGAAAAGGUCCUGAAAAUAUUAAAACGCUUCCAAGGCCUGCAGACUUUGAAAAAUUUCCGUACACAUUAUCGGGAGUCAAAAUUGCAAGCAUUUGUAAAGCCAAACUUUUCUCGUGUUCUCCCAACAUCCUGGGCGGUUUAUCAGCCGGUAAACCGAUAGAAAGUGUGUUUUAUUGCUUUAACUCAAAAUCAUGCAAAUGAGAACUGGUUACAUUAGAGCAAAAUUGGAGCUAAAAGAGAAUGAAAAAGAAUUAGAAGAAUUCCGAAAACCUCUGCUCCUUGUGAAAGAAAGUGUUAUAAAUUGAAAGUGCGAUAAGAAGUACUGAUAAGAGCAAUGCACAACCUAUUCCGCGCUUCAUGAAUAACAACGAAAAAACCCUGGGAAUGAGAGCUUAGAAUCCAGUUGUGUAAAUCAUUUUGGUCUCCAUUAGGAAAUUAGUUAGUUGAAACUUCAAAAAAUUACUCUUACCGAUGUGGUUUACUGUCCUCUUCUCAAACUGCAGGCCGUGGUCACGCUCAUUGCAAGAAAAAGUAAAUAAUUAAGGUUUUUCAGAGUUGCAUUUUAUUGAGUUGCAUCAUGAACAGUGGUUUUGCCAUAGAGUAUUUCUCUCUGUAGCGAGGUGUGCGUCAGGCCGGCCAGCUAUCGCCACAUCUGUGAAAAAGGGCUUCUCGAAUUUCUUGCAAAUCACAUCCGGAAAAACAAUCUAUUAAAAGCAUCUUAAUAGAGGAUGAGGAGAAAAGCUGAGCACUUUCGCUAAUUAUCUUACCAUCUUUCAAGAUGGAGACUCCUCAUUUAAUAACAUCACUAAGCUGAUUCCAGUGUUCUGGCUUUAACAGUGAACAAAAGCAAAACAGGCGGAAAAACUAUCGAUUGGCAAGCCGAAUCCGAAUAAUAUAUCAGUACACGUAACAUGUGCUUUUACAAGGUUAUCCCUAUUUAUAAUAAUGCCCCUAGAAUCUCAAAAUGAUGUUUACUUCUAUUCUUCUGUCCCAAGGUAGUUAAGGUAUAGCGUUAACUAGUGCUUGUAGGUUCAAGAUAAUUUCAUUCACUCCUGAAGAGCGAGAACUGACCUAUGACAUGCAUAAUUGAUUUUUUAAAAGGUGAGACUUCCCUCUGGGACUAGAGUUCGAAUACAGCGCUAUAGCUGGGGAAAUAGCGUAUAUCUGUACGCCCCUAGGUCUGACUUUUCUAAAACCGAAGGUAUGUGCGGAAAUUUUAAUGGUGAUCCCAACGAUGACUUUCUCGGUGGGGACAAUCAAAAUCAUGCAGAUCAAGAAGCUUUUGGACUAAGCUGGAGGUAAAAUAAAUCAUCAUUUCUAAAGCUAAAUGCAUUGCAAUUAUCAUUGAUUGACUUUUUCCUAACUGACAUAGGAAAUCUUUCAGGUAAACGACCAAAUCGGCCUGUGGAUUUUCGUUCUCAGCCGCAAGAAAUGCAAUUGCCAAAGCCACUGAAUACGUAACUUUCGAUUUUUUUUUUUCGUACAUUGGUUUUCUUCCUCUUCUAGGAAAGUUUGAGCAUCGUUGUCUAUAAGCGAUAGGGAAUUAAUCAGUGUUUCAGCAGCCAUAAACUGAGAAAAUUCCGACAAAAGACCUUGGAUUGAGAAUGGUGAAGGAUUUGCCUUUCAUUUGUCAAACUGAGCUAGUGGCGCGAAAGGCGGGUAACGUGUCAGUAGCUGAUCGGCGAAAGUUUUUCGAACACACGUGAAAAAAUAAGGUUUUUUUUUUCAUUCCCUUUUUAUUUUUCUUGUUUUUUUCUUUUGUUGUCGUUUUUUGUUUUUUUUUCUGCACGUGUGUUGUUACCGCUUUUUCUCGGGGCUGGAAAUCCUUUUUUAAAACCGUAGUUUAUAGGAUUGAUGUCAUUAUUGUUCCAGAAAAACAACUUUCUCGGUUUUAGCAUCGCCUCUCCAAAAAUUUACCUUAACAUCGUAUUAAAUGGAUUUAAAAGAGGUUUUGAAAUGACAGAACACUAUACUUUUCCGACUGUAAAUAUAUGAAAAUCAUGUGUAUGAAAUGCGGACAAAGAAAUGAACAUGAAAGCGAUCUCUGCAAUGAUGAAAACUACUUAAAAAGUAUUAAAAAUUGGAACUGAAAAAAAUUCAGGCCUGUACUGGAUUUGAACCCAUGACCUUUGCGAUACCGAUGUAGCGCUCUAUCAACUGUGUUAACAGGCUCGCAGAGAUCAUGGGUUCAAAUUCCCCACAGGCCUGUUCAUUACUGCGAGGAUCGUUUCCAAGUUCACUUCUUUAUCUACAGUUCAUAUUUAUGAUUUUCAUAUAUUUACAGUCAUUUAUUCACUACUUCACGGGUUUAUUUGGAACCAACACAAUCAUAAUCAGUCAGUAGAGAGGUGCACCGGGGGUCAUUUGUUCAAAUCCCGUAAAGGCCUGAUGUUUUUCUGCUUAAGUAGCGUUCGUUACUGCGAAGAUCGCUUUCAUAUUCAUAACUUUUCUUUUCCUUAAAGUCAAUUAUCGUAGUAGCAGUUAAAAACAGUUUACAUUCAUCAUAUUUGAUAAUUCAAUUUGUUUGAAUUUAAUCAGGACCCUAAUAGAAUAUGUUUCCCUAGAGUCAACAAGUCGGAGAGUCUCUUCCACAUUGUGCCGAUGUGCAAUGAUGCACAAUGUGACGGUUCCAUCUUCGAUCAGGAAUUCUGCACAUGCACCGAAACAAGUGGAGUAAUGGAUGUUCGGUGCAAUCAAAGCGUCUCACAGCCUACAGAAACAAAUCAAAAUCCUCCCUUUAAACCUGCACCCCAAGGAAACCUUAAUAAUAACGAAGGAAAGAGAGAUGUUGAGUAUAGUGAUGACGUCAUUUACCGUUAUGACAACAUCGAAACUCCUAUCUCAUUCAAUUCGCUGCGUAAAAAACGUGACGUGAACUUCAAAAUGUCCUUGGAAAAUGCAACGGACUACUGUGAGAAAACUUUGUUAAACAUUGAUGCUGUCCGUGUUUGUAUAGAACUUCCAAACGUAAACGUUAGUGGCAUCAUCCGCCAAUGUGCUUCAGAUUUGCAGGUAGGAUACAAAGCUGUUAAAUUCAAAUCAAGACAUACUUUUUCUUUAUCUUUUUCUUCUCGUUUCUGUUUUAAGUGAUAGCCUUUGAAAUAAGUGAAGUGAUCUUGACAGCUGACAAACUGCAAUAAAUUAAAGCGUACGAGUGUGAGUUGAUGUGAUGCAAAGGGAAUAUUGAGAAGCCCUGAAUUUCGCAUUACCACGAAAAAGAACCCUAAAAACAAAACAAAAAAACGCACGGAAAGCUGAGGAAACACUGGUAUCGCAAUAUGUUUCCUAUCGAAGGAGGAUUCUGUCUGGUUUGUAUUCAUUAUUUACUAGAAGUAAACUCAACAAAUCGCAAAGCCACGAUUCAAACUUGCAUUUAUCGUUGGUGAAGCCGAAUUACUGCCUAGUCACCGAGUAAAACUGAGCCACACUGCUCUAACGCAAAUUUUGCACUGACGCAAAUUUUGCUCCGACGCAAAUUUUGCUCUGACGCAAAUUUUGCUCCGACGCAAAUUUUGCUCUGACGCAAAUUUUGCUCCGACGCAAAUUUUGCUCCGACGCAAAUUUUGCUCUGACGCAAAUUUUGCUCCGACGCAAAUUUUGCUCUAACGCAAAUUCAAAAGUCCACCUCCAUUACAGGGGAGGGGACAAACACAAAUUUUGUUUCAUCUCUUUUAUAAUAUAAACCCGUUGAUAUCGCAGUGAUCGUCAUAGCGUCGCACCAUAUUAAUACCUUUAUUUUGUUUUGUUCAGGCAACAGGGGACGUCUUCUGGGUUGAGAGCGCUUUCGAGGCGCUAAAAUCGAGCUGCCAAUUUGAGGUAGUGAAAAACUACUCCGCUUACGAGAAAGAUGAGGAAGGAAAUCUUGUGCCUCCUACAAAAAUAACGGAGAAGCUAUGCCCCAAUGACUGCAGCUUCCAAGGAAACUGUUCAAAUGGUACUUGCGUUUGUAAUGAAGGUUUCGUUGCAGCUGAUUGUUCGAUGAGAUACGAUGAAAUUCCGCGGUUGUUCAGGUACUACUUGACUUAAUUGUUUCACUACUUAAUUUUUGAUAAAAGUUCCUAUAGGAUUCCGUUCACUCACGGACCAACUAAUGGUGAAAGUUCAGGAUCGACCAAUUGGACUAGAAACAAUCUAAAUCGGGAAUUUAUCACAAUUAUUAUAUUUAUUAUUGGUCGCAAUUUCGUGAGCAAGAGAAGGAUUUUCUAUAUACGAACCGAGUUGCUAAAAACUUUUUAACGGGCCAGGCCACACGAAGAAAGGCAAAUGAGCAAAGAUAGAAAAUAAAUUAAUAAAAAAUGAUUAAAAAAAAGAUAUGAUGUAACAUGAUCUAACAAACAUGUAACAAACUCUGAUACAGGUUUUUUUCAUAAGUAUCUGUCAUAAUCUGACACCUGUCAAUUAGAGGGCGCGUAAGAGAAAAAAUUAAAGUGCAUUUUAAAUUUUGAAAAACUGAACUUUCUCUCGUUGAAUUUCGUCGGUUUUUGUGGUGCAAUUUACAGUACAAAUGACCAAAUUGAACACACUUGCAAAGGCUAAUCGAAGGCGUAUUUGUAUGGUAGGUCUUCGUUCAACGUUUAACGCAAAAAAAAAUUGAGAGAAAUUAGAUAUUAAAUAAAUGAAAGUUCUACCGAUUAAUUUGAUUAGAGACAAAUAUCUCACCGUUUUAACCUUCCGAGUUACUUUUUUUGAAGGAUUAAUUUUUAUCAAAAACGUUUUUGGGCCGCGUGUCAAUCCAUUUAAUGACACAUUCGCUACCACAAAUUUAUUUCGAAAACAAUUAUUGCUGGCAAGCACAGCGAUUUGAGAGAUUGCAAAGAGAGGAUUAACAAUUAAUCGGCUUGAUUUCCGCAUAAAUACUUUGCUUGAAUAUACUACCCAGCCGGCAAAACAAAAUAUAAUUACGAAAAAUGGCAACGACGCUCGGGAUUUUCUCGGCGACUCACAAAAGCGUUACCGUGCCCUUAGGCAGAGAUAAGAAAAGCCCAGACCGCACUAAGAACCAAUCAGAUUGCAGAAUUGGUUACCCUGCCCUCUGAGAAAAAAAAAAUUAUGCUUGUCACUGAAGCAACCUCAUCCCACCAAUUUUAUAAAAGCUGUGUUAAAGAGGGGUGGGCAGCUGCAGAAAACGAUAGCCAGUUUAAAUGUAACGAGUACUGAAACAAUUUUUCUCCUUCUACUUUAAGGGCAUUGGAUGAAGGACUCUGCGAUAUCCGUGCAAGGCCCUGCAAGAGAACCAUUGUUUUUGGCGACUAUUUUUUAAGUUCAGAAAAUUUGACAUGUCAUGUCAGAGAGUCCAAGGUAGCUUUCAUGUUGCAUAUUUUAAUUGUUUUGUUUCAUUCAGUAGGGACUUUGGAACGCGAGAGAAUUCUUAUUUCACACACUGAACGAACGACUGUGAAAAUAUAUCUUUGGUCCAGUUAGAACAUGAACGAUAGAACUUACAGUGGAGGGGCAAAGAAUGGCCUCUGAUCUUUGAAAUUUGUCGGUCUGUAAGAACAAAUCUCAGUAUGAAUGAGAUAAAAACAUGAUACCAUGAAAAAUAACUUGACGAUUUGUGCUCACUGGUUGCGAAGCACUUCAGAUCUAAGAUCUACUUCUAGUCUGUAAUUAUAUGGUUAAUACUGGUGAGUUUCCUCGCACCCUCGGUGUAUUCUAACCUAUACCUCUAAAAUUUUUUCGACUAUUCAUAAAUAGUUAUAUGCCUUUUUUAAACCUGCAGCCAGCCGACUAAAACUAAUUUCACUGCGUAAUUCUAACUUAGAUCGCAUCAUUCCCACUGGUAACAUGCCCAAACUAGACACCAGUGUGAGAUUUGUGAUAUCGCCCUGUGUUAUCAAUAUAACAACAUUCCCUCUCAUAGAUCUUUACUUAUUUGUGCUUCAAAAGGUCGUACCAAGCACCUGGAUACCGAUGAACGUGUCACAAAAGUUUAAUGGAAGUAAAACAGACUUGUUUGCCGUUGAAUGCAAUCUCCCAAUCCCUCCUAUUAAUCUUGGCAAUUAUCAAGUCGAAGGUACACCGGCAGCUAGGUAUUUCAUAUCAGUAUCCAACGAUGGAAGUCACGAGAGCGAGCCUGUUCAAAUGAUAACAUUCGACCCAGUGUGUCAAGUGUGUAACGUUUCAAAUGGCUGUUCUCUUAAGGUACGACAAAAAAAAAAGUUAAUUAUAUUCAAUAUCAUAUCUUGCCAUUAACCCGUCCUCGUCCUCGCUGGAUGAAUAUAACAUGAUUAUAGCCAACUCGGCCCAGCCCUAAGGGCCUCGUUAGCUAUCUGUCAUCUCAUAUCCAACGCGAGCUCGUGGGAUAAUUGUUUUCGUGUAAUUGCGAGAUAUGAUGUAAUCCUUGACCAAUCAGAGCGCACACAUGUCUAUAGAAAAAGAGAAGCUAAUUUAGAUCUCGAAAUCUAAUCUGCUAUAAUACCUUAGAAUUGUACUAUUCAUCUAUUACUUGUUUCUUAUGUUGUUACAUAAUUUUAAUUGUGGAGUUAGAGGUUGGUUUCAGUGCUAAAUACAGAGAUAAUUAAAUGAAUAGUUGAAAUCAACAGAUACAUACAUGCACAUACAUAUUUAGUGCAAUUGCUCAGAUAAUUAUGGAGAUACGCGCGCUCUGAUUGGUCGAGGAUUGCGUCAUAUUUAACAAUUGUUCACUUCAGGCUUAGUGAAUAUUAUUGAAUAAUCCCAGAGACGAAGUCGAGUGGAUUAUCCAACAAUAUUUAUUGAGCCUGAGGCGAAGAAUUGUUUUAGCAUAAUAGCUAGUAUAAUUGCAAGAUAUGACAAAAUUCUUGACCAACCAUAGCGCACGCAUGUCUAUAAUCACCUGAGCAAUUAUUCUAAAUCGCCCUAAUCAUUGAGGUGAGGUGAUUACUGCAGCAAUGCUAAAUUUCAAAAUUACUACCUCGCGUUUUGUCAUUAUUUCCGAGGAAGUGAUAAACGCAAUAGAAGAAAAUUUAAUUGCGAGGAGCGCAAAAGAUGCUAAAUGUUUUUGCUAAUUGAAUAGAAUAAACCUGGUUACGCAGUAAGUAUACGAGUAAUCAACACAGUGGUAACAAAGUAUGCGCAAUGCUUUCUCUAUUUAAAUUUACAUCAGAAUUCGAAAUCACCUGAGAAAGACUAAAAAAAUAUCUACCUCAUGCUCAUUGAACAUUGUUGGAUUAUUCAACAAUAUUCACUUCAUUUUCGGCGAAAAAUAUUGUUGUUAAAUACAUAUACUCAUGAAUUUACUGAUCUCUUGUUCAAAUUAUCUUUUAGGAUGACUCAUGUCUUAUUAAAGGCCACUGUUUCGCUAAAGGUGAUCCAAAUCCAGACGAUUGGUGUCGGCAAUGUAUUCCGUCUAAAAGUCAACAUAAGUGGACGCAACGAUGUGGUGAGUUACUAGCAUAAUUAGAGGGUGAUUGAAGAAUAAUUUAUUUGCUCCUAUGGGAUGAAUUCAUCAAUUAAUAGAAAGGUGGACAGAGAUUGUGAAUACUUUUCCUCGAGAUUUUCAAAAGCUUAAAGCCUUUUGACAUCAUUUUGAACUUAAGCUCACCGAAAACCCCUGUGGGAUAAGCCACCUAUCAUGUGUAAUUGACGUCGAAACGCCACGAGUGUCCUUGUAUAAUUAACUUUUAACUCUUUAUCGUUUUUCUUUUCUCUUCUAUCUGUUUGAUUGUGUGUGUGUUUUCGUUUGGGAUUUUAUUAAAUACGCGUUGAGGUAUGGCACGAUGUGACUGAAUAAAAAAAGUGCGGCAUUCACCACACUAUUUUCCUGCAAAACGAUUAGAUCUCAGCAGUUUUUGCUUCGUUCAUUGAGCAAUGCUUUCCAAACUAUUUUUGUUUUCUAAAAUAGCAAAUUUUCAGAUAAAUCAAUGGUUUCUCCCUGAAAGCUCUUGUUAAAGAGAUUAGAUCUCAGCAGUUUUUGCUUCGUUGAUAGAACGGAUAUCGCAAAAAUUCUGCAACCUCUCGGUCAAUGGAUGUUGCUAAAAAUUCUGCCACCAUUCGUAGACUGCAUGUCGCAAUUAUUCCGCAACCAUUCGUAUACCGGAUGUCGCAGAAAUUCUGCAACCUCUCAUUCACUAGAUUUCGCAGAAAUUCUGCAACCUCUCGUUCACUAGAUUUUGCAGAAAGUCUGUAAAGUCUAAUGCGUUGAAUGUCGCAGAACUUAUUUAGCCAUUCAAACAUUGGAUGUCGCAGAAAUUCUGCAACCAUUCGUAUACUGGAUGUCGCAGAUAUUCUGCAACCCCUCAUUCACUAGAUUUUGCAGAAAGUCUGCAAAGUCUAAUGCGCUGAAUGUCGCAGAACUUUUUUAGCCACUCAUACACUGGAUGUCGCAGUAAUUCUGCAACCAUUCGUAUACUGGAUGUCGCAGAAAUUCUGCGACCAUUCUUAUACUGGAUGUCGCAGAAAUUCUGCAACCAUCCAUUCAUUAGAUUUUGCAGAAAUUCUAUAACCUUUCAUUUACUAGGUUUUGCAGAAAUUUUGCAUGUUCUAAUGCGCUGGAUGUCGCAGAAGUUCUGUAGCCACUAAUUCAUUGGAUGUUGCAGAAAUUGUGCAAAUUCUCACACACUGGAUGUCGUAGAAAUUCUGUGACAACUCAGACACUGUAUAUCACAGAAAUUCUGCAACUAGUAAUACACUGGAUGUCGCAGAAAAUUCUGCAACCUCUCGUUCGUAAUUAGAUUUUGCAGAAAUUUUUGAACCUAUAAUACACUGGAUGUUGCAGGAAUUCAGCAACCUUGUUCAAUAAAUGUUAUAGAAACUCUUUAGACUCUAACUCCCUAGAUUUCGCAGAAAUUCUGCAAAUACUUCCUCACUAGAUGUCACAGCAAUUCUGCAUCCUUUCAUUUACAAGAUGUUACAGAAAUUCAUCCAUCGCCUGAUGUAUAUAGGAAUAUAGCAAAAUUUCACAUUUUUAGACAGAAAAUUAUUUCAACGUUAAUAGUGGGCUAUGUGAUCUUAUUUUUUAAAAAAAUAUAUUUAUAUUGAAAUUGCUCUGAAGAUUCUUUUACUAGGCAUAAGUUCACGUUUUGACCGGUCUGGGUAGGUUUCUAAGAAAAUGGAAAAGCAAAUAAAGGUUAGCGGUUUUUCGCAAAAGUAAUUCCCUGAGAGGAGAUGGCUGCCAUUUAACAAGCAACGCGUGAGGCGCAUUAAUAGCUUUCAUUGCUGAAUCAACUGGAAAUGGGUAAGUUUUUUGUUAUUUUUUUUUCUGCGUUAUAUUACUCUUUUGUCAAUGUCAGGAUUUUUUCCCUUUUCCAAGAUUUGAUGCUCCUGAACGCCUCCAAAGCGGGGAAGGGGAGUGUUCCCAUAUUAUGUGCGUUCCAGCUCUAAGAGACGUCAUUAUUUUCAUCCGACUGAACCACUCACUCAGAAAUGAUCUAUGAAAUAAUUGGAUAGAUGCUUAUACCACAUUAGCUAACUGUAGUGGUGGUGAGUUCUGAAAUGUUCUGUCAUUACGACGACAAGUUUCACCUGUUUUACUAACGUAAAAGUAGUCCCUCACUUUCUUCAGGGAAAAAAAAGCCAGCUUGCUUUACCGGGUAUUUUUUCGUUCAUUUUUCAGGUGUAUCAUGAAACAAUGCGAGAUUUGCACGGAACAACAUGGCCAACAACUCGUCAAUUUGUUGUAAUGUUAUUGUAAUUAUCACUGUUUUUUAAAAAAUUAAAAGCCAUUCACCUCAAAUUGUUUAAUAAUCCCCGAGACUGAGUCGAGGGGAUUAUUCGAGGGAGCCUGAGGCAAGUUAUUGCUUUAGUAUAAUUGCUCAUGUACUUUCAAAUGUUGUCGUAAAUUCUGUAAAUAAAGAAAGAAUUGCGCGUAUUUUGUUAUUAUCGUAGUGAUUUCUCGUACGAAGAUAAGCAAGGAGUUUUAGCAGGUUUAUUUAAUUUAAUCAGCAAAAACUUCAUAUCUUCUUUUUUGCGGAAUCAACAUGAAAACUUUCCAUACGAAUCCAUUUUCGCAGAAAAUGCUGUUUUGGGAAGCAUAAAAUAGUUUUGGAAAGAAUUAGGAGUUUUCCCAUUGUUUAUGUAAAAAAAUUGAGGACAAAUGUAAAUAAGGUUUGUAAUGAGAGAGGAGAGGCUGUCGUGAUUGUUAUUAAAAUAUUUGCAUUCUCCUUUAAAGUAAAUCUUCCUCCAAACGUCACUACCCCAUCGGUGAGAUAUGCCCUCAUUGGAGAAGAUCUUCGGCUACAGUUAGAAGGAGAAGACCCUGAGAAAAGACCAUUUGUGGUGAAAAUGAUCGGUGGAAGUCCUUCCUUAGCGUCAUUCAGCGACAGCAACGUUCUUCACUGGACGCCCGAGAGUCUUAAUUCAACGAAAUUCUUUUUCAAAGCUACUGACGAGUGUAACGCUUCAUCCACUUUCAACAUGACUAUAGAGAUAUUGAUAUGCCCUUGUACCGACAAAGGGACCUGCGUGCCCGAUCCUAAUCACCCCAGAGGAUCAGGCAUGUACUACUGUGAGUGUCAACCUGGCUACGAAGGACAAACCUGUGAAAAGGAGAUCGACGAGUGUUUACAAUCUCCAUGUCUUCAUGGUAAGUUAUAUAUAGAAACAUGACAAUCACUUUUUAAUUCCCCGAAACUAUCAUAAUUAUGUAAGAAGAUCUUUUAUGGGUGAAAGAGCGAUCUAGACACUUGAAUUUAUAUCGCUCCCAACAUUUAAAAAAUAUGAUUUAUACAAUAAAAUAGAAAUAAUUAACAGAAACUUAACUCACUUUAGGUACAUGCAUCGAUGCCGUGAACAAUUAUUCCUGCCAAUGCCUGUCUGGUUACACUGGUUUUAACUGCACCAUAGACAUCGACGAGUGCCAGUCUUCUCCAUGCGUUCAUGGUAAUGAAAAGUUAAUUGGUUGUAUUAGCCUUUUGACAAUCUGCAGUAUGCUUUUCUCUUUCUAUCUUUCACAAUCUGAGAGUAAGUCCAUUCAUAUCGUAAAAGGAUCGAUGUUUCUAAAAACCCAACGUUUACAUCUCCUUUACUUCACUAACUGGGUGUGCAGUUCUAGCAGUGAAUUAUGAUGGAUUCAGUCAACAAAGCUAUCACCAGUAACUUAUAAAUUUCGUAGAUAAUACUCCUUGGAAAUGCUUGGAGUCUUUCGGAUUUUGAAAUGAUAAAUACGAGUUGAAAAGCUUGUAUAAUACCAUUUAUCAUUUUAUCAAUGACGCUCGAGGAGCUCUAGAAAAUUAUAGUUCCAGUUUGAAGCUUGUAAGAUUGUGCAAAAAUAACAUGUUUAAUUGUCCUUUUUAAUUUCCUUCUUUUUGUUUAUGUUUGUUUCUCUGUCUGUUUGUGUUUUUGUUUUUAAAGGUACAUGUGUAGACAAAAUUAACGGUUUUACCUGUAUCUGCCCAACCGGUUUUAGUGGUGUAAGAUGUGAUUCCAACAUAGAUGAUUGUCUUGCAACUCCUUGUGUAAAUGGUAUGCAAUUUUAUAUCAUAGAAAGUAGUAGAUAUUAUUCAAUUACUUAAUGCUAGAUAUGCAAUGAAGUUAUUCUCAAAAUUCCAGUUAGUAAUAUGAAGCAAUUGAAAUAAUCAUGGAGCGCCAUAGAAUAACUUCACCCCAUAUCAAUUACUUGGUUCUGACAAACUAAACAUUUUAAGAGUUGACAGAGAAACAAUUCAUACCAGGCUCCAAAAGGAAUCCCCUUCACUAAAAAGCCUACUUUUCUCAAUAAAGCGUUGCGUUCUUAACCAUUUAAAUUUUGGAUCAUACGAGUGUCGAGCAAGAUUCGACAGAGUAGCAAGUAAGCGAAUUUUAGAUGCAUUUUAAGUAUUGGUUACUCUUCGGAGUCUUAAAACGCAAUUUCGUCAUAGUUCCAGAAAUAUCUCCCAAUGGAAAACGGCAAAAUGAAGUUAAACUUAUUGAAACAUGGGAUCUGUCCUCUUAUUUUCCCGAUUAAUCUGCAAUUUGAUAUGGGCGAGGCAUUUACGUGUAAAUACUUAUAUUUGCAUCCUUUAAUUGCUUGAUAUAUUGCAUUUUAAGUUGACAUUUUCUUAAUUAUUUCUUUUGAUUGUUAAUCAAGUCAUGCUACCCCAUCGUAAAGCUUUAUAGAAGGGUCUCAAUGGGAUAAUGAUUUUUACGGCCAACGAUUAACAUUUUGGCCAUUUUACGGCUACGGUUAACCCAAAAGGAAGAAUGUAGAAAGGAAUCAUUUUACGGUUAACUAUUUUUACGACUAAUGGUUAAAAUUUGUCAAUUGCCUAGGGGCAAUUUUUUGUUUGCUGUUUUACGGUCAACGGUUGACCUCAUUAAAGCCUUCAUAUAGAGUAACCUAAUUCCCCACUUCGACAUUGAUAAAAUGAUUGAUUAAUUACAAAAGCAAAUUUAAAGAAAACUGAGAAUGCUCUGAUUUCUAAGAAAGCCGGUGAUCUUUCAUUCCCUUAAGUCGAAAUCACUCCCUUAGAUCCAGUGUUAUAGAGAUCCACAUUAGUUUCAACAUUUUAUCUUUAACUGCUCUUUUGGUUUUGCAAGGUACAUGUAUUGACCUGGUGAAUAACUACACGUGCAACUGCUUCGCUGGCUUUACCGGCUCGAACUGUGAUAUUAAGAUAAAGAACUGUGCCGAUGAUUCCUGUUACCCGAAUGUGACUUGCUUCAAAAACAGUGAGAUUAUUAGUUGUGGUCCAUGUCCCUUGGGGUUCACUGGAGAUGGAAAGAAUUGCAAAGGUAUCAAUUCUAUCACGACAAAAUCACAGCUUUUUAUCGUGAAGUAAAAGGGUUCACAAUUAUAUGACCAACCUCCGAGUAGCUGUGGUCACAGAUAGUCCAUUUGUCUACUAAUUGAAUAGAGGGGGUAAGUUUCUAAGAGACUGUGGUGCUGCGUCGGUGGGAGAGUAUAACAGGUAAUUUAGUGUUAACAACUGAGUUGAAAACGUAAAUUGGCCACCGUAAAGAGUAAAAGCUGACGUUUCGAACGUUAGUCCUUCGUCAGAGCGAUAGACGAUAGAUAGAUAGUUGUUAACACUGAACUACCUGUCUAAUAAUUGCCCUCUUUUUGGGGUACACUCUUACCAGCAUCUAAAGGGAUAAUUAUUACUUAAUUAAACGAAUUCUCCAGAAAAUGAUACUACUGUUUUGUAAGGAAUAUCAGAUAUAAAGGCGCUUACAUUUUGCAACUUUAACAUUAACUUGCUAAGUAGCUCUAUGAUUUAUCAGACUACUUUUUUUCUAAUAACACAUCUUUUUCUAUUUUUAUUUCUCUUUACUAGACAUCGACGACUGUAUGAAUCACACAUGCACCGUCAGUGGUGGUUCCUGUGUUGAUGGUGUGAAUAACUACUCGUGUGUGUGCUUGGUUGGUUUCACUGGAGAUCACUGUGAGACGAGUUAGUGCUAGUAGCAGACUAUUCUGUGCAGCAUUAUUUAUUCAAUUCAAGACAGAAGAAGACUUUAUAACUAUUUACCGUUGUUUUGAUAGAUAUCGAUGACUGCGCUAACCACUCCUGUGCUAAUGGUGCGACGUGUGUAGAUGAUACCAACGAUUUCUCGUGCCGCUGCAUACCUGGUUAUACUGGUAAACACUGUGAAACUGGUAAGAUUUGGUUUAAGCAGCAAAAAAUUUUUCUUCAGGUGAAGUCGCUCUUCUUUUCUUGACACUUGCCUGUAAACUUCUAUAACCUCCAUAACAAAGAUAUACAGCAGCUGCGGUUUGUGCGCUUUUGGUCACAAACACUAAAAGUGGUAUCUUUGGAUACUCGACAUCUAGUUUGUGUCUUUAUUACCUUUUUCUCUGUAGGCAUAGAGGAUAAAAUAAUUAUCAUGGAUGGUGUAAACAAUUCUUAGUGCAUGUGCUUGAUUGGUUUAACUGGAAAUUACUGUGAGACAAGUUAGUGUUUUGAGUACACUAUAACAUGGAAAGUAAAGAAAUAAUCAAAAUGUACUAACUGUUGAAUGAUCUUUUCUGAUAGACAUCGACGAGUGCAUCAACCACACAUGCGCUAAUGGUGCGUCGUGUAUAGACCUUGUCAAUAACUUCUCGUGCAGCUGUAUGGCAGGGUUUUCAGGAGAUUUAUGUGAGACUGGUAAUGAGAUAUCCAACUACAUUCUCUUUACUAUUCUAAUUAUUCGUUGUAUCGUUUGAAGAAAGCUUCAUUAGCUGCAUCAUCUACUUAACAAUAAGAGGACGAGAUCAAAGCGCUCAUGCAACUAGAAGAUAAACUUGCUGAUGAUUUUUUUAAACACAUUUUUCCGUUCCACCUUCUUGGUUUUUUUUUCACUUUUUCUUUAUUUAUUAGACAUUGACUACAUUAUGUUCUCGUCAACUAUAGUCUUCAUUAUGAUGGUCCGGCCUAGUAAGUACUAAUUGCAGACAAUACUGCCAACUAUAAUCUAACUUCUCAACUCAAACAAAGGGAAGUUAAGAUAGAAGAUGACCUUUUCUUGCUAUUCACCAUUGUAUGAUAGAUGUCGAUGACUGCGCUAACCACUCCUGUGCUAAUGGUGCGACGUGUGUAGAUGGUACCAAUGAUUUCUCGUGCCGCUGCAUACCUGGGUAUACCGGUAAACACUGUGAAACUGGUAAGAUUAAGUUUUUGUAGCUAAAAUCUUCCUCUUCUUUUCUUGACUUUUUGCAAGUAAAUUUCUAUAAACUUUAUAACUAGCUUUAUAGUAGCUGCAGAUUGUGGGCUUUUGCUCACAAACGCUGAAAGUAGGUAUCUCUAGAUAGCGGACAUCCGAGUUUUGCGUCAUAAUUAUCCUUUUCGCUGCAUACAUAGACGAUUUUAAGAAUUACACAUGUAGUCUCGUUGGUGGUUCCAGCAUGGAUGGUGUGAACAAAUGCUCGUGCAUGCACUUGAUUGGUUCAAUUAGAAAUUACUAUGAGACAAGUUAGUGCUAAUAGUGGACUAUGCUGUGAAUCAGAAUCUAACUUCACAACUUAAAUAGAGGGAAGUAAGGACAGAAGGUAAACUUCUAACUCUUUGUUGUUUCCUCUUUCCAAAGACGUCGAUGACUGCGCUAACCACACAUGUGCUAAUGGUGCGACGUGUGUAGAUGGCGCAAACAAUUUUUCGUGCAAGUGCAUACCUGGGUAUUCUGGUGAACGCUGUGAAACUGGUAAGAUUAUGUUUUUGCAGCUUGAAGUUUCCUAGGAGUAAGGUCACUCUUCUUUUCUUCACAUUUUGCCUAUAAGCACCAUUAAAUGCUAAACAUUAGCGAAUUUUAUCACGCGGGAAUAUAGCUUCAUAUUUUUAGGUUUUACUAACAAACCCGGCAAUUAUAACUCUGGAUACUAAAAAUCUGCUUUUCGUCAAAAAUUACGUUUUGACGCAGUCUCAUUGGUGGUUCGUGCAUGAAUGGUGUGAACAACUAUCCGUGCGCAUGCUUGCUUGGUUUCACUGGAAAUUUCUGUGAGACAAGUUAAUGCUAAUAACAUACUAUACCGUGAAUCUAUUAUCUCAAAUCGAAGGAAGCAAAGACAAAGUAUAGCUGCAGUUUGUGGGUUUUUCUCACAAGCCCCGCAGCUGGUAGCUCUGGAUACUGAACUUCCUGGUUUUUUCACCAUAUUUUCAGCAGCUGUAGACAACUGUAUUAUAGAAGUAAGAGAGAUGGUAGGUUUUUGAGCUUGGUAAAGAAAUAGAGAAGAUUUUUUUUUGCAUUGUCUCGAGCAUGGGACAAACAUAUCUAUCUACAAUUAUUUGUCUAUCGAAAUUGCUGAUCCUCGCAGUAUGCAGGACGUAUGUCAUAUGAACUUCUUGAUAGACCACGCUCACCGUGGAGUCUCUGUGGCUCAGUGGUAGAGCAUCGGAGCACGGAAUCCGAAGGUCUGAGGCUCGAUUCCUUAUGGGGACUCUGAAUCUUUUCUUUGUCCCAUGCUCGUGACAAGACGAAAAAACAUCUUUCUCUAGCUGUAUCAUACUUGCAAUCUCGUCGGUGGCUUUUACGUGGAUGAAAUAAUCAAUCAUUCUUGAAUUUUCUUGGCUUGUUUCACUGGCGAUCAUUCUAAUGGAAGCAAUACAUAAAAUGCUCUGGUAAAUAUUACUUUUGAAAUUUCUGGCCGACUUUGCUACUCCCUCAUAUCUUUUUUUCCUUUGUAGACAUUGAUGACUGCCAUAACCACACUUGUGCCAACGGUGCAACGUGUAUAGAUGGUACCAAAAACUUCUCAUGCAGUUGCUUGCCUGGGUAUACUGGUAAACGAUGCGAAACUGGUAAGGUCUGUCUGGCAGUUUAA